ACAGCUCAAAAUGGCUGUAGACAAACAGUUAUGAAGAUCUGCCGUUCUACAAGAAAUGAAUAUGUCGCAAUUGACAAAUUAACGAAGAAGCCUCCAAAACAACUGGGGAUACAGGGGCCCGUGGAGAGGUUCAGGGAGAGGAGCAGACCUCUGGCACCGACCCUGGAAGAGAGGAGGGACCACCUCAUAGAGAGAAGGGGCCACAACAGAAGGAAGACGGAACAAUGCCAUUGGACCUCUGCCUUGGGACAGAGCCAUGACCAGUCUGGAGCCAGACAGAAGACUGGACUCCACACUCUGACUGAAACCUUCAAGCACAAAACGGAGACAGGUCUAGGUCUAGACCUCCAUGCCAGGCCAGAUGAUGAAGAGCCUCCAGUUCAGAAGCAUCGCCCCCAAGGCCCCAGCAGCGGUGGUUCCCUCCCCAGCCGCCAUCCUGUCCUGCCAGCACCCCUCUGCCCUCCCGGAGGCAGCCUCCACAGCCGUCAGCCCCAAGUCUAUCCUGGUCCCGGCCCAGAACUAUGCCCUGAUGCAGGUGGCAGGGCAGGAGGGUACCUUCUCUCUGGUGGCCCUGCCGCCCUCCGUAACCCCUCAGUCGCCGCAGCAACAACAGCAGCAGCAACAGCCAAUCCAGAAGAACCUGAAGCUGCCCAUCCCCAGGUACCAGCCAAUGAGGACCAAGAACACCCCGGAGAAGGUCAAAUCAGCCACACCCACCGCCGGUGGCAGCGCCAGGGGGGUGAGGACACCCACCAAGGUUGCAUUGACAACCCGGGACCAUCGGUCAAUAGCAGCCAUAAAGAAGAAGUUGUCAUUGGCUGAGCCCAAGGAGGAGCCAUCAGAACAGGUCAUACUGAUCGACGACUCAGCCUCCUCUGAGCUCUCCGUCCUCACAGCCCUGCUCCCAGACAACGCCAUGCUCUACACUGGCUCUCCGCUGGAGCGAAUAGCAGUGGUGGACACCACCCCCGACCACCGGUCCACUCCUGCCCACACUCCCGGCCCUGUGACCAGCAUGCUGCAGAACCUCCACUACCCAUCUGGUGGCAUUACUAAAAGUUCCCCGGUCGAACCAUCACAGGAUGAGAGCAGCGGUAAGGUUGCUAUCAGGCCGUGCCAACCCAAGCCUGUAGCCCAACAGCCCCAUCCACAGCCAGCUAGUAGCAGCAUCACUGUCCUCUCUCCAGCCAUCUUCAGCAAAGCUGUCCAGAUCAUCCCCUCCCCACCCAAGGGCAAGCUGCCCAUCCUGCCCUACUCCAUGAUGAAAAGCACCCUCAUACCCGCCUCCAAACUCAACCUCAAUGCCAUGUCCCCCAAGAAGGCUUUCCCUAGCCAGCCCGACCUCUCCCCUUAUCCCUCUGAUCCCCAGUCCAAGACCCCGGAGACUGCUGAGGCCCUAUGUCAGAACCACAUGCCAAACUCCCUGCUGCAGAGCCAGCCUCAGGCCAAGACCACAGGCGCCCUGUCGCUGCUGGGAACGCUACAGAUCCAGAAACCAUCAGGCAAGAAGAGGGGGGGGAAGAGGAAGACAAUGGAGGACAUUCUGGCCUUUGAGGCGAGGAAGAAGAGGUCCUUGUCAUUCUUUCGGAGGAGGGUGCCAGAGAAGCCUUCUGUCUCAGCCGUCAUCUCCUCCCCGCUGUCUAAACAGCAGAGGGAGGUGGACAUCUCUAAGAAGUACCGCAGCAUCAGACCCAAGCCUCACCACAUGCUGCUGAUGGAGACUGUACCCCAGCUGGUCAGCCUGCCCUCCCUCACCUCCUCUGACAGCCUGGAUUCAGAGCUCCUCGUGGGGCAUCAGCUCUCUGCCGAGGCCCUGGAGCCCGGUCCUCCCCAGCCCCAGCCAGCCUCUACCCCGCUAUACCUGAAAGGGGGCCCUUCUCAUAGGGUCUACCUGGGCAGUAGCCAGCCCCUCCACCGCUGCCCUACCUGCAGCCGCUGCUUCCAGUUCAAACACCACCUUCAGAGCCAUAUGAACAGCCACACCAACAGCAGGCCUUACCUGUGUCCUGUGUGUCGUAAGGCCUAUGCUCACUCUGGCUCCCUCAGCACCCACAUGAAGCUGCAUCACUCUGACGGGAGACCGCGGCGGACGCUUCGCUGUGACUUCUGUGAGAAGGCGUUUGGCUACGUGGGUGUGUACUUCGGCCAUUUGAGGGAGGUGCAUAAGGUUAUCCUGACCGUGGAGCCGUCCGUCAGCCAGCAUGAAGACGACGUGCCUGUGGAGGGGGCCAUGUCUUCAGACCUGGGGGACGAGCAGGGCCAGGAGGAGCGCGAGGACCCAGUGGAGCUCCAGAUCAAGUGUAGCCGUUGUCAGGCCAUCACCCCCACCUUCGCCGACAUGAAGCUACACCUGCUCUAUGUGCAUGGGGAGGAGGUCCAGGUGCGCCUGCGGGACGGGGCUGGGGGGGUGGGAAGGUCACUGCGGGGGGGCCGGGAGGCAGAGGAUGAGCUGGUGAAACACGCCGCCCACUACUGGCGCCAGCUCAAUGAGAAGAGGAACCUAGUCCGGUGUGGGAGCUGUGAUGAAGAGUUCUUCUCCUUCUCCAAGCUGAAGCGUCAUAUCCUCUCCCACCACCAGGGGGGACCGGAGGAUGAUGGAGAGGGGGAGCCGACCGGCCCCUCAGCCCGGGGAGAGAGAGGGGUCCUGAGGCAGGGAUUGGUGUUUAACUGUUUGCUGUGCAGCCAGGUCCUGGACAGUAAAGAGGAGGUGAUGGAGCACUGGAGAGGCCACCACCACUGUGAGGAGACCCAGGUACUCUGGGAGGCCCUCGGCUCCUACUCGGGGGAAAGGGAGAUAGACUCGCCCGACCACAGCACAUGUUAACAUGGCACUGGACACGUUCUAGGUCGUCUCUGUUGCAGUCACGCUGCACAUCUCAGAAUAUUGACUUUACUUAUUCCUUCUAGCCUCUAAGGAAGCAAUUUGCCAGAACAGUGCAUUUUAAAAGAUUGAUAUAUCAUAUCAACGUGGUUUCUGAGAUGUCAAAAAAACACUUCUCCAGGCAUUGUGAGAUCUUAUAAUCGGGGCGGGCUGACUACAAUAGAUAUAACCUCGAACGUACCCACUAUUUGUGUCUGUCUGAGCCGAUCAUGCGCUGUGUGCAGCUCUCAAACACACCCAGUUAGUCCCUAUGCACACUAUCCAGCCGACGCCAACCAUGCAGUACAUUUCCAGCUACUAUGGUGGCUGGGUAACCACUAACCAGGCAUGUUCAGCUCACCUCAGUAUGGUGAAAGGGUAUUAGUCCAUACAGAGGUCAGUUAUCGCACAGUUUAGUUUGUUAGAGAAUCCACUUGAUACAUUACAAAUGAUUAUUUUGGUAUUUUGUGGACUGCACUGUGUUUUGUGUAGAUUUUUUUCUAUGUUUUAAUAGGAUUGGGUUGUUUUGUAUUGAAUAUGUACAGUAUAUACAGUACCAGUAAAACGUUUAGACACACCUACUCAUUCAAGGGUUUUUCUUUAUUUUGACUAUUUUCCACAUUGUAGAAUAAUAGUGAAUACAUCAAAACUAUGAAAUAACACAUGGAAUAAUGUAGUAACCAAAAAAGUGUUAAACAAAUCAAAAUAUAUUUUAGAUUCUUUAAAGUAGCUACCCUUUGCCUUGAUGACAGCUUUGCAUUCUUGGCGUUCUCACAACCAGCUUCAUGAGGAAUGCUUUUCCAACCUUCUUGAAGGAGUUCCCACAUAUGCUGAGCACUUGUUGGCUGCUUUUCCUUCACUCUGCAGUCCAACUCAUCCCAAACCAUCUCAAUUUGGUUGAAGUCGGGUGAUUGUGGAGGCCAGGUCAUCUGACGCAGCACUCCAUCACUCUCCUUGGUAAAAUAGCCUUUACACAGCCUGAAGGUCUGUUGGGUCAUUGUCCUGUUGAAAAACAGAUUAUAGUCACACUAAGCCCAAACCAGAUGGGAUGGUGUAUCGCUGUAGUGGCCAUGUUGGUUUGGUUAAGUGUGCAUUGAAUUCUAAAAAAAUCACAGACAGUGUCACCAGCAAAGCACCCCCACACCACAUCCUCCAUGCUUCACGGUGGGAACCACACAUUCGGAGAUCAUCCGUUCACCUACACUUGAAGAAACUUUCAAAGUUCUUGAAAUUUUCCAAAUUGUCUGGCCUUCAUGUCUUGAUGAACUGUCAUUGCUCUUGGCUUAUUUGCGGUGUUCUUGCCAUAAUAUGGACUUGGUCUUUUACCAAAUAGGGCAAUCUGCUGUAUACCACCCCUACCUUGUCACAACACAACUGAUUGGCUCAAACGCAUUAAGAAGGAAAGAUAUUCCACGUGACUACCUCCAUGAAGCUGGUUGAGAGAAUGCCAAGAGUGUGCAAAGAGUGGCUACUUUGAAGAAUAUCAAAUUAGUUAGUUUAACACUUUUUUUGGUUACUACAUGAUUCCAUGUGUUAUUUAAUAGUUUUGAUGUCUUCACUAUUAUUUCUACAAUGUAGAAAAUAGUCAAAAUAAAGAAAAACCCUUGAAUGAGUAGGUGUGUUCACACUUGACUGUGUGUGUGUGUAUAUAUAGAUAUCUGUUUGUUAAAACUAUGUAAAUAAACAUAAUACUGGUAGAAACACAGGCAUAUUGUACCUAAAAUCUAUUGGCCUUGAAAACAGUCAUCCCAUCUAUGGUAAAUGAUUGACUGAAGUCUAAAGUCUAGGUUGUGGCUUUAGGGACAAAACUUUCCAAUUCAACUGUGUGUUACAGUAGCAGGAUCCUCUCUAGCUAUUUUGACCUAAAGAGGAUAACCUUCUCAGUACACCAACACCUGACUGAAACGUCUGAGGCCUUCUGAAAAAUUCUAGUCUCGAGAUCGACCCAUACAUCUGGCUCAUAACCAACAUCGACAUUUAAAUAGAUUAUAUAUUAUUAUAUACACUGAGUGUACAAACAUUAAGGACGCCUUCUUAACAUUGAGUUGCAUCCCCUUUUGCCCUCAGAACAGCCUUGAUUCGUUGGGACAUGGUCUACAAGGUGUCGGAAGUGUUCCACAGGGAUGCUGGCUCAUGUGGACUCCAAUGCUUCCCAAAGUUGUCAAGUUGGCUGGAUGUCCUUUGGGUGGUGGACCAUUCUUGAUACACACGGGAAACUGAGCGUGGAAAAACCCAGAGGCAUUGCAGUUCUUCACAUGCUCAAACCGGUGCGCCUGGCACCUGCUAUCAUACCCCGUUUAAAGGCACUUGAAUAUUUUGUCUUGCUCAUUCACCCUCUUAAUGGCACACAACACACAAUCCAUGUCUCACUUGUCUCGAGGCUUGAAGUGGAUUUAACAUCAAUAAGGGAUCAUAGCUUUCAUCCGGAUUCACCUGGUGAGUCUUAUCUAGAUUUCUGUUUGUGUACUCUGUGGUAAUGGAAAAGGGUGAAUGAUGGGAUAACCACUGACAAAACUAGAUCUAUUUGUUACUAUUACAUUAUGAAGAAGUUAUGAAAGCAUUGAACGAAUGCUGCUAGCUAUUAUUCAGUAUAAACCUGUGGAAUUGGGGCACCUGAGGUCUGAUGUUAUAGAGACUGAAGUAAGCUUGCAUGCAUGUUUUAUGCCUAUUUGUGAUUGGAACCCCAGCAGAAAAGCCUGUUUUCUCUUCUGUUUGCUUCUUACAAAUGGGGAAUGUUCAGUGUUGUUUCCUGGUUGGGAUAGUGAAUUUGUUAAAGGGGUCAUAGAUGUGGUUUAAACUGUGUAACCUUUUCAUACAACAACCAAAAAUCACAGGGUAAGUUAAGUGAAUGUACCUUGAAUGUUUCAAAACCCUACCAAAUUCUCUCUCUCUAUAUAUAUAUAUAUAUAUAUAUAUAUAUAUAUAUUAAAUAUAGAUUAGAUUAUAUAUAGACAUGUAUAAAUACAGUAUAUUGAGAAUAUAUAUUUGCAUAGAAUAUAUAGUGAAUAUUCUGCUUUGUUCCAAUGGAGGAAACAAACUAGAUCGGAUUUAGUCAUCAUCAAACCGGCAACUUAUGCUGAGUCUCCCUGCUUGUCUGACACAAACCAGUUGUGCAUUCCAAAUGACACUGUAUUCCCUAUAUACUGAAGUGCACUACUUUUAAUCAUGGCCCCUAGUGCUCUCUUCGAAAGAAUGUAGGGAAUGGGGUGCCACUUGGGACACAUGUCAGGAAGAAGCAACAAUGAGAAAGAACUCGCCUCCCUUAGUGAGGCUAGACUUGCAGCACAUACAAAUCAAUGGUGUGAAAAGUAAUCACAUAGCUAAUAUGUCUUUCACAAAAUGGUGACUGUGUUGACUGGCUGAAAGUGUUUGAUUGUGGCUGUUUGUGAACCUAAAAACCUUACCUUUCUCGGAAUAAAACAAAUAUAUGCUUGAUUGAAUAUGACAAGGAUUGUGUGACGUAUCUAACAAGAUAACAAAUAAAUGCAUAUUUAUUUCCAGUGA